AUGUUUUCUCAAAAGCCACGCCUCUCGAGAUAGCAUUGCUAUUGGUCACUGGUCGAGUGCGUGACACGCCUUAAUUUCUAGUAGUUUUUAUACUGCUUUUUCAUUAAGUCUUUGGUGGGCUGUGCUUAAUUGUGAGGCUUUGGAGCGAAACCCACUUCUGAUAACAGCAGGAAAAUCUACUGCUUCACAGACAAAGAACACUGCUUUGUUUCCGUACAGCUUCAUAAUGGCAAAUGAGGCACGACCCUGCCCAUGUGACAUUGGCGAUAAGUUUGAACAUGAAGGACAAGGAGAAGAAAUACAGAUUGAACACAUAAAAGCAUAUGUGUGUAAACCUAAAUCCAGCACUGACAAAGCAAUCAUUGUAGUCCAGGAUAUUUUUGGAUGGGAGCUUCCUAAUACAAGAUUCAUUGCUGAUCUACUCUGUGCUCAUGGAUACAUAGCAAUCUGCCCAGAUUUUUUUGUGGGAAAAGACCCUUGGAAACCAACAGAUGACUGGUCUGUUUUCCCUGAAUGGCUGAAAUCUCGACAAGCAACAAACGUUGGCAAAGAGACAGAUGUAGUUCUGAAGUAUCUCAAAGAACAGUGUCAUGUCAAAAAGAUUGGAGUAAUUGGCUUUUGUUGGGGAGGAACCGUGACUCAUCACCUGAUGUUAACUUAUCCAGAACUAAAGGCUGGGGUUUCAUUUUAUGGUAUAAUGCUUGAUCAAGCUAGCAGAUAUAAUUUGCUAAACCCAACCUUAUUUAUUUUUGGUGAAUUGGAUCCUGUCAUUCCCCUUGAACAGGUAACUGUACUAGAGGAAAGAUUAAAAGAACACACAAAAGUUGAUUUUGAGGUAAAGGUAUUUCCAAAACAGACACAUGGAUUUGUACACAGAAAGAAAGAAGACAUAAACCCUGAAGAUAAACAUUACAUUAAUGAAGCAAGAAAGAACAUGAUAGAUUGGCUUAACAAAUAUAUCAACUAAAUUGCAGAUAUUCACCUGAUGUUAAACUGUGUUUUAACUCUAUUUCCACAGUUAAUAAAUAACAAGAAAUUCUCAAUGCUUAUAAUAGCCACACCAGAUGAGUAAAAUGCCUCUCCUCAUAUAAUUUUAGAAAUAUUUUGACUACUACUACUACUGCUGGAAGUGAACACAUUUUAAGAGGAACUGUGUUUUGAAGGAAGAUGUCAUUUUUACUUGGCUAAAAUGUCUUAAAAAUGGAUAAUUUCUCUUGAUCUAAAA